AUGCGUGAGCCUCGCCACUACACCAAGGCCUUGGCCGCAUGCCAAACCGUUGUCACCAUCAUCUAUGUGACAAUUGGGAUCGUCGUGUACUAUUACUGCGGAUCCUACGUUGCCUCGCCUGCGCUUGGUUCCGCGGGAAAGUUGAUUAAACAGAUUGCCUACGGCAUUUCUCUUCCAGGACUGUUCGCGAGUGCGACGAUCUGCACUCAUCUUGCAAGCAAGCACUUCUUCGUGCGAAUGCUGCGAGGGUCAAGACACUUGGUCGCAAAUACACUUGUGCACUGGGGGACCUGGAUAGGGUGUGUCCUCGGUGUGGUCGUCAUCGCGUAUAUCGUUGCAAGUGCAAUUCCCAAUUUUGAUAGCCUCAUAUCUUUUAUUGGAGCCUUGCUUGGCACGUUACAAGGCUUCCAGCCGAGUGGUUGCAUGUGGUUGUAUGAUAAUUGGAGUCGGGGCAGGGGACAGCGAUCGCAUAGAUGGACCCUGGGCGUUUGCUGGAGCGUCUUCGUUGUUGUCUGCGGCACAUUUCUGAUGGUGGCUGGCACAUAUGGCUCUGUAGUUGGGAUUAUCGACUCUUUCAAGAUCAAUGGUGGAUCGGGUGUUUGGUCUUGCGCUGACAACUCCAACUCGGUAUAG